CGCGCCCCUCCACCUGAGUCCGUGACUGUCCGUCAUCCUCACCAUGCGUGGCAUGACCUUAGACCGCAUAUCACUGCGAUGACUUCGACAAGUUCACCUGCAGCUACCAAAUCUCAAGAGUUUGAGGCCAGUGUUAUUGCUGCUGCACAAGGCCUCAUAAACGUGCUAACGCAAAAGCAGUAUCAGCCCCUCAGUACAGCUCAAACACCGAGCAUUACAUCAGGCCUGAAGAGGUGUAGCUGAAGUGGAUCGAGAUGGCAGACUCGCGGCUCCAACAUAUAACGGCUCCUUCCAUCGCUAGGCAGUUCAUGGAAAGAAUGUUAAGAAGGCUUCAGGAAGUUCUCCAACGUCAGCCAGUGGAUUUUGAUUAUUUAAAUUUUAUUUUAAGCCAUGAAAUGGAACUUGUGCAUUCUUUUGCUAAUGUAAUACAACUGCCACAAGAUGUUGUUCGUGCCUUGUCUGAUAUUUUAAGAAUUCUUCUUUGCCAAGAGGAGCAGCAAAGACCUUUAGCGUCUUCAUAUGUAGAGGUUGUGGGGGGUGGUAGGGGACAACCAAAAUUUGUUGUAUCAAAAGAACAUCUGCAACACCUCAUUGAUAUGCAGCUGUCCAUCCCCUGCAUAGCUAAGCUACUGGGUGUCUGCAAAAGGACUGUGUUUCGACGGAUGCGAGAGGAGGGACUAUCAGUUAAGGGAUCAUACAGCAACCUGACAAAUGAGGAACUGGACAGCCUUGUGCGUUCAGUUAAAUUGAGGAUGCCACAUAUUGGCUACAGAAUGAUGAAGGGCGAACUGCAAGCUAUGGGACACCGUGUAAGAUGGGAGCAGGUUUCAGCGUCCAUGCACAGGGUGGAUUCUGCAGGGAUCUUUGAGAGAUUUACAGGCUUGGGCUGUGUCGCUAGAAGAAUAUAUUCCGUCAAGGGUCCCCACUCACUGGUCCACGUGGACACAAACCACAAACUUAUCAGAUAUGGCAUUGUCAUCUUUGCCGGGAUCGAUGGUUAUUCACGAAAGAUCAUGUACCUGGGUGCUUCUAACAACAACAAGGCAUCAACAGCACUUGGCUUCUUCAUGAGCUCUGUUGAAAAGUUUGGCUUCCCCAUUAAGGUAAUAGGAGUUAGAGGAGACCAAGGGGUAGAAAACGUUGGCAUUGCGCAUUGCAUGUUCAUGUUCACUGUUCGUGGCUGUGGCAGAGCAAGCUACAUAUCUGGAAAAAGUGUGCAUAAUCAAAGGGUGGAGCGCUUGUGGCGUGAUGUGUGGAUGGCGGUAACCUGUGUAUAUUACGAACUACUUCACAGUCUUGAAGAGGAUUGCCUGCUAGAUCCCUCCAACAGUCUGCAUUUAUUUUGUGCACACUAUGUAUUUGUGCCACGCCUCCAGAGGGACCUUGAGACUUUCACAGAAGGAUGGGAUAACCAUGCCAUGCGAACUGAACAAAACCUGACUCCCAAUCAACUUUGGACAAUAGGACUUCUCCAGAACCCUGUGCCUGCUCCAGAGAACUUAGAGGAUAUACAAGAUCUUUUCUUGGACUGCAACCAUGACAGCAUGACAGACGAGUCUGCCAGUGGCAUAAUUCUGCCACCCAUCCAGUGCCCUCUGGAGUCUCAGGCUAUGGCAGAACUAAGAACCGCCAUUAACCCUAUGGUUACCUCCCAGGACAAUGGCAGAGACCUUUACAAGGCUGCACUUGACUAUGUGAUUAUUCACGCAUAAACAUGGCAGGAUAACACAAAAACUAAAGGUACAUAACCCUAACAAAGAAUAGUGACUUUCCUGCCUCUCUCCAGCAUCAUGCAGCAAGUUUUCUUCAUCACAUUGGAUGUCUGCAUCAUCUCUAAAUACAAAUGAAUGUGGUGUUUCCAUUGCUUUGACCUCCAUUAUUUUCUGAAAAAACAGGAAGUCCACAGUUUAGCUAUUGUAAAGAUAGUGUUUUUCACAAUUUUUUUUUUUAUAACUGUACAUAACCUCAGACAUCUUACCUGGACAUGUUGGCAUCUCUUUUACCUGU